AUGGAUUCUUCCACAAAGAGAAAGCAGCCCCCCUCAAACGGGUCCGAUGGUCGUGCUAUCAAAAAGAGUAAAGGAGGUAGCAAUGGUAGAUGGCAGACGCCUCACCAGAAGGCCAAACUUGAGGCCAUCAAAGGCAGGGGCCUGGAAGUGGGUGAUAUGGGAAUUUGGACCACGUGUGUUAAGGGCAAGGAGCGACAAGCCUUGGAGGAAAUGAUGGAUCUUUGCGAAGAGUACGGUGAAAAGCUAUACGGCAUCAAACGCGAAGACCCCGCCGAAGGCAAGGAGGAUGAGCAGGACGAAGAUGAUGACAUCGAAUCAUCUAUCAAGAAGGAAGUCCAGGAGAUGAAACCGGCGAGUAAGCCCAAGGGCUCGACUUUCGAGCCUAUGCGCAUGGACCUCGAUUGCUUGCUCUUCAUACGGACGAAGCCGCCUGUCGACCCCGUCGCGCUCGUCAAGGAGAUCUGCAAGGACGCAAAGGAGAUUACCGAGAAGUCGCAGCGACGGUCAAGGUUCAUCAAUCGAUUCACGCCGAUCACGCUGACUGCAAAAGCCACCGAGGCUGCUGUCGAAGAGGUCGCUAAGAAUGUCUUGGCUAAGCACUUCCAACUUACUGGCGAAGACGACGAGAAGACCGAGGCCCCCAAGGCGGACGCUUAUUCGUAUGCUAUUCGUCCCAGCUUUCGAGCCCACAAUACGCUUAAGCGCGACGACGUAAUUAAGAAAGUCGCAUCGCUUAUCGCCCCGCGUCAUAAGGUCAAUCUCUCGUCCCCAGACAAGGUCAUUCUCAUCGACAUCUAUCAGACGUUCUGCGGCAUGAGCGUCGUCGACGGAGACUGGGACUCCCUGAAGCGAUACAAUCUCCACGAGAUCUACCUGUCGGCGCUGGGGCCCGACGAGAAGAAGAAGAAAGAUACGGAUAAGAAGGGGGGUGAGAUCGCGCAGAAGGAGGUGCCGUUGACGGAAGAGUCGGAGGACUAG